CACCCGGACCCUGACUACUCGUGUGCGUACGUGAUCGUCUACACGGACACGGACAUCAAGGGCCACGGCAUCUCGUUCACCAUCGGCCGGGGAACGGAGCUGGUGGUGGCCGCCGUCAAGUCGCUCUCGCACAUCAUCGUCGGGAGGAACCUGAAGGACAUCUACGACGACUUCGCAGGCGUCUGGAGGUCACUCACCUCCGAGUCGCAGAUGAGAUGGGUCGGACCCGAGAAGGGCGUUCUACACCUGGCCGUGGCAGGUAUCGUUAACGCUCUGUGGGACCUGUGGGCACGGCUGCAGAACAAGCCCCUGUGGAAGCUUCUGGUGGACAUGGAGCCGGAGAAGCUCGUCUCGACCAUAGAUUUCAGAUACAUAGGCGACGUGCUGACCCGGGAAGAGGCAGUGAGCAUGCUAAAAGCGAUGGAAGCAGGAAAAGCGAAGAGAGAAGAGACAAUGCUCUCGCAAGGCUACCCAGCGUAUACCACGGCGGCAGGAUGGCUUGGGUACUCCCGGGAGAAGAUCGAGCGCCUGUGCCGGCAGUACAUGGCGCAGGGCUGGCGCCACUUCAAGAUCAAGGUCGGCCAGGACCUGGAGGACGACAAACGCCGCUGCAGGAUCGUCCGGGAACUCAUCGGCGACGACCGGACGCUGAUGGUGGAUGCCAACCAGAAGUGGGACGUGGACCAGGCCAUCGCGUGGAUGCGAGAGCUGGCGCCCUUCAAGCCCAAGUGGAUCGAGGAGCCCACCAGCCCCGACGAUGUCCUGGGUCACGCUGCCAUAGCUAAGGCCCUUAAACCCCUGGGCAUCGGCGUGGCCACGGGGGAGAUGUGCCAGAACCGCGUGGUCUUCAAGCAGCUACUGCAGGCAGGCGCGCUCUCCUACUGCCAGAUCGAUGCCUGCCGGCUGGGCGGAGUGCAGGAGGUGCUGGCCGUGUACCUCAUGGCCAAGAAGUUCAACGUGCCGGUGUGCCCCCACGCGGGCGGCGUGGGCUUAUGCGAGAUGGUGCAGCACCUGCAGAUAUGGGAUUACAUCAGCGUUUCUGGCACGUCGGAGGACCGACUCAUCGAGUAUGUGGACCACUUGAUGGAGCACUUCAAGUUCCCGAGGAAGAUCAAGAACUGCCACUACACGGCGCCCACUACGCCUGGGUACAGCGUGGCCAUGUGGGAGAAAAGCCUGGCCAAGUACGAAUACCCUUACGGCUCGGCGUGGAAGGAGCUUUUCGCUGAAGGCACGUACCAAGACCCUCGCACGGCGCCCCUGCCCUGGGUGGAGCACCGGGAGCAGGACACCUGCAUCACAGGGCGAUAACGCACCUGUUGGCAGACGCGGCGCUUGGACGACCUGAAACAUCUUCGGAUUUUCUGUGAGAGCUGGAGUCAUUUCUCUAGAAAUAUUCCAAUUGAUUUUCCCCAAAAUGAAAUUUAUAUAAUCUAAUAUGU